CGUCGUCACCCUUCGUUAUCAACUCACCCCUCCGGCUGACCACUUGAUCCUCCCUGACCUUCAUAUCCAUCAUCACCAACCGUUGCAGCAUCACUGAAACCAAACGAUCCGUCGGGAGUGAGGGACAACCUCGGGGUUCUGAUUCGAGGACCUAGCCCCCACGCGUGAACGCUUCGAACCGGCUUGUGCGACCUGUAUAUUCCUAGUGGUCACCCUCACGUUUUUCGAACAACCGACCGUUCUCUCACCUACAGUCCCUUGAAACCACACGGCAAUGAUCCAAAAAGGGUGAAUCCGCUCAGAGGGGACAGACAAAGUCACCGUUGCGAUUUUACGGAAAAGUCUCGACCAGGCGGUCGUCGGCGCGCGAAAGUCAAUCAAGUAACCCAUCAAUCAAUCAAACAAAAGCCCCCAAACCUUUCGACAUUACAUACAGUCAACUCUUCACCAUGCCUCCUCGACGGCGACGCUCAGGUCAAGCCCAGGCGGCCGCUGCCACUGGCGGUAAUGAGUACGCCACCGCGUUCGGCCGAGCUCAUCCGAUCGUAAUGAGAGGACUAGUCACGGUGUGUCAGUGUUCGGGACCAUUGUUGAUAGGAACGAUUCUGUGGACCGCCGGUUUUCUUCAACGUCCCAUGUGGGAAAGGGUCACCAUGUGGAGGGCUUAUCUUUGGACCUUCAUUUCGAGAUGGGUUCUCGUCGGCUGUGCCAUCACUUGGACCUUGAAUGGUUGGGAUCAGCAGCAGCAGCAGAAUGGAAAUCCAGCUCAACAACAACAAGACGGAGUGGAUCAGGAUUGAAUCGAACAAACGCCAAAACGCCAACGGGCCCGUACAGCAGCGGCAUCAACAGCAUCAGCCUUGAAGCCAAACGUGGACUGCUUCCGAUUUCGAACCAGAAUCGAAAACUACGGUGUUGAUCAUGAUCGUCUUGAAGGAAUUCACAAAAACACCCACCAAUGCGGAAAGGACGGGUCGCUAGAAAAUGGGGGAAAAUCCACAACCACGGAAAAGCAUCCCUAUGUGCGUCGAGACAUGCAAAGUUUCAGAAAGACGGAAACAGAAACAAGUUCUCUGGGGAUUUUACUCCUAUAGAAUUUGUUCUUUGGAGCCUGGUAUAUCCGACUCUCACCGAGAAGGGUCCGAUCGCAUAUAGCUUAGGGAUUCAAAACCACUUGGAAGUUGGAACCACCCGAGAGGCCCCAGUUAGUAGGUAUCAAGUAUAGUAUUGGGCCUCCUCACAACUUCAAGAACUCGAUUGAUCGGUCAUGGGCCCAUUGGUCAUUUAGAACAGACCAGAUGGACCAUUCCAUAAACUGGAUAUGAAGUCCAUUCACAACCCCCUUUGCCAUCCAUCAAGGUUCGAAUUGUGUCGGGUUUCGGGGCACUGCCAACAACGGUGGACGAGAAACCACCGAGUAUCCACUACUUCUCUCGAUCAAAUCAUCAAAAGACAGGACGGCCAAAAGGUUUGUAGCUGAUCAAAUGCAGAGUCGCCCAUGGGUACACUCUAGAUAUCAAAAAAAGUCUUGGUCUGUACCUAAUGUGCUUUGAUUCCAAAAAUUCUAUGCCAAAUGCAGUCUCACCAAGUUAUAUACAACCAAUGAAGGGAUUUGCAUACACGUUUCGUGCAGAUCAGAUGGCCAUGCAUCAUCUUGUCCCGAAACGCAUGUGCUUUGAUUUGUGGUGAUUUCUCACAAGCCAAUAGAAG